CACCUAAAGUCAUUGCAUACCAAUUAUCAAAUUAUCUUCCCAAAUCUCUCUCCACAAAAUCAAAACCCUAAUCUCCCAAAUUUCCCUGAUUGAGGAAAAAAGAUGGCUCGUACGAAGCAAACCGCUCGCAAAUCAACAGGAGGAAAGGCUCCCAGGAAGCAGCUGGCCACCAAGGCUGCAAGGAAAUCUGCGCCUACCACCGGUGGAGUCAAGAAGCCUCAUCGCUACCGUCCUGGAACCGUUGCUCUUCGUGAAAUCCGUAAAUACCAGAAAAGCACAGAGCUUUUGAUCCGCAAAUUGCCCUUCCAGCGCCUUGUUCGUGAAAUUGCCCAAGACUUCAAGACGGAUUUGAGAUUCCAAAGCCAUGCGGUUCUGGCAUUGCAGGAGGCUGCGGAGGCAUAUCUAGUUGGUUUGUUCGAGGAUACCAAUUUGUGUGCUAUCCAUGCUAAGAGGGUCACGAUUAUGCCCAAGGAUAUUCAAUUAGCCAGGCGAAUUCGUGGGGAGCGUGCUUAACUUUGCUUUAUUUAUUUAUUUUCUUCUAUUCAGUAGGUACAUUAUGUUUUGUUUCUUUUUGUGGGUCGAUUGGAUUAUUUGUAAACUAACUGUGUUGCAAAGGUUUAAAAGAUUAUCGUUAUUAAUUAGAUUA